AUGUAUGGGCUGAAGCAAGCUGCAAGAUGUUGGAACAACUCGAUUGAUGGUUACUUACACACUAAUGGUUACAAGAAGACCACUGCUGAUCCGUGUAUCUAUAUUAAGACUAUUGUAUCUGAGAAUGGCAAGGUUGAUUUUGUUAUAAUUGCAAUUUAUGUGGAUGAUAUGCUUUUCUUCUCGAACAAUGUUGACAUGUUGGAGAGAGAAAAAUCAGCAAUUGGAAAGAGAUUUCAUGUUGAAGACCUUGGAGAAUUGCGUUAUAUUCUCGGCAUGGCUAUAAAGCGGAAUCGUAGAUUACGAACACUUUCAAUCAGUCAGGCAAAGUACCUUGAAGGAGUUCUCAAACGAUUUGAAAUGGAGAACUGUAAACCAGUUUCGACACCACUAGAACAAGGAAGAAAGUUUGUACCAUUAUCUGAGAAUGACAAUUCUGUCAACACUCAAGCAUAUCAAAUGGUGAUUGGAUGUUUGACAUAGGCUGCUACUGUGAGUCGUCCAGAUUUAGCUGCUGCUGUGGGAGUUUUGUCAAAGUUUGUGUCAAAACCAGGGAGAGAACACUGGCAAGGAGUGAAAAGAGUUUGGCGCUAUAUUCAAGGGGACUCAAGUAUGGUUUAAUGUUUUCUGCAGAUAGUGGUAAUCCUACAUUAACAGGUUAUUCCGAUGCCGAUUGGGAAGGUGAUGCAAGUACACAACGUUCAACUACCGGAUAUGUUUUCCAGAUUCAAGGUAACACUGUAAGUUGGUGUAGUAAGCGACAAGCUUGUUUAUCAAGAUCUACUAUUAAGGCUGAGUAUAUUGCAGUUAGCAUAGCCUGUCAAGAAGCAGUAUGGUUAAGGAGAUUGCUUUCUGACAUUCAGAUGAAACAAUGUGGUCAGGCCAGGGUGCAAUUGAACUGUCAAUGAACCCUAAGUUCCAUAAUCGCACAAAACACAGAUAUAUCAUAUCACUAUGUAAGAGAACAGGUCAUCCUAAAUACAGUAUCUGUCAAGUAUUGUCCAACUGAGGACAUGCUCACUGACAUUAUGACCAAAGGUGUAUCUAAGAUUAGUUUUGAAAAGUUCAGAAACAAGUUAGGUGCUAUUGAGAUCGAUUGACAAUAAAAAAACGAUCUAAUUAACUUUUAUAGUGUAAUCAUUAAGUGGGAGUGUCUGGAACUGAAGUUAUAAUGACUUACUAUAGUUCAUUAGUAUUCGCAUGCCUGUUUUGUUAUUGGUUAGUGGUAUCACGUGAUUAGUGGCGUGAUACAGCUUGCUUUCACAUUCUUUGUACUUUUUUAUAUUCAUCUUUAUAUUGUUCUAUGUUAUAAACAAAUAUGGGUUAAAUGUUUCAUUUCGGUCCUCAUUUUCGGCUCCUCUUUUUCAAAGUCAUAUUUAAUGUCUCCAAAAAUUAAGUUUAUCUGAAUGUCAGAUAUCCACAUAUUGGUAGAUGGUAGGCAAUGAGAUCAGUUUUGAGGCAUGCUUGAUAACUUGGGCAACCUGGCAGACACCAAAUCCAGACAAGUCAACUGAACUUUAAAAUAGGUACUUGUGAUCUGAUUGCCAUAUCUAGGUAUGUUUGAUUCAAAGAUUCUUUCAAGAAAUCAAGUUUUUCAAUUAGUUUCUGUGUUUGGUCUACUGUAGCAUGUGUUUUUGAUGUUAUAGGCAAUCCUCUAGCAAAUUUCUUUAUAAUCCCCAAGUGUAAAUUCAAAUAUUUAUUAACACAAGAAUGAUGAGGAACCUGAGAUAAUUAAAGAUCAAGAAGGUGAAGUCGAUAGAGCAACAGCAAGAAAUUUAAGUGACUCCAUUCUCUCUGUGAAUGAGCUAAUCCAUAAGAGAAAGAAAUUAGCAAAGGAAGAAGUUAUGCCAACUUGGGCUGCUACUAAAUCUCUGCUGCUAUCACACAACUCUCCAAAACGUGUCGUGACCAAUUCAGAAGUAAUUUCUCCACUUAUCAAGACCUCUCCCAGAUUGUACAACCCUGCACACCAUACUGAUAUUGACACAGGGAAUAUCUGCUUAUGUGGUUGGUGAGAGAAAAACUCUGAUAACACUUGACCUAGACCUUUACAACCGUGCCCUCCGGAUUCAGCAGACAGUGGGUAACACUAACUGGACCUUCGAGCAGGCAUUCUUCACAUUGUGUUUGCUGUACUACAUGCCCUUGGUAAAACAAUCGAUGGUAGUGGCAUCGACACCUGUGCUAUCGAAUGUGGCAUAUACACAUCUGCAGCUCUUUGCAGGAUAUAUACAGUGGCAAGGCAUACAAACAAGGUGAUGAGGUUUGACACAAUAUUUUUGCCACAUCUACCUGAAAAUCUCUGUGUCCAAUGUGGUGCGUUCAAGAAAGCUCUCCAGGAACACAGUCCAGAAAUGAUAGAGACCUAUGAGGAGAGACCCUGGUGAAUGCUGGUCACGUGGCUCCCAGAUUUAGGGAGCCACAAAUAUGUCCCCUGGGGUGGUACCUUUCAAUGUAUGUAAUUUGAUCUUGUCGUCUAGUUUGUAAAACCUUGAGCAGACUGAUCAAAACACAUUGAGUCUUCAAAUUUUAAAUGUUUUGAGUUCUUGCUUUGUUUACACUUUGCAGUAGUUAACAGCGAAUAUGUGUCAGUUGUAUUAAAGCUGAAACAAGUUAUGUGUUUGGAGGCAGCAUAUAUUGGAAAAGAUCUUUUGGCUGUUUUGCCAACCGGCUAUGGAAAGUCUGUAAUAUUCCAUCUGCUUCCUUUGUUGCUGGCCCGAAAAGAAAAGGAGAGCAGGCAUUUGAGGAAAAGAUCCCGUCAUUGUUAUUUUCCCAUUAAACUCCCUUAUACAAGAUCAACUGCAAAGGAUAAACGCUGUUCGUGCUAGAGCGGUUGUCUUGAGCGUGAAAGGAAAUGAUAACGUUUCCUGUGGAGAACAAUUAAACCUUGAUUUGGCCAAUGUAUUAUGCAGACGAGUUAUGUUUAAAAAAUGCAGAUUAUGAAUAUGUAUUAACACAUCCAGAAACUUGUUUGUGUACUAAACAAGGAGUCGCACUGUUUCAGAGCGAUGUAUAUUAGAAUGGUAUGUAUUGUAUUGCAAAUAUAGGUGUUCAGUUACAUACAGAAUUUGUAUGCAUCUCCUGUUAUGAUUGUUAUCUAAUGUUUUGUGACAAUAAUAUGUGUAAAACCUACCUUCAGCAAUUUAGGCUUUGCCAACUUAAUAAUUUACUGAUUGUCUUAGCCCACUGAUCUAGAAGCAGUAGCCACACUAUCUCACUUGGUCUGUGUAUUAAAAUUCUUUCCACAACAUGUGUUUUUUGAAGUAUCAGGCAAGCCAGCCUGUAUUUUGUUAUUAUAUUAGGAACUUGUCGACUGUACAAAUUGUGAUCACUUUUACUCAAGGUUUAUUAAUUAUCACUGUUUACAUAAAUAACCAAAUUAACAGUAUUUCCAUUACUUCAAAUUGAAAUACUCUCCAACAUUCAAAAUAUUAAUAUGAAAGGUUUGUCAAUCAAUAUUAUUCCUGUUUUUUUAAUUUUAAGGGGCAAUGAAUUCAGAACGGAUUAUUCUCAACUACGAAUGCUGGGUGCCUUUUUUGGAAAUGCUGUAAUGAUUGCCUUUACUGCUACUGCAAAUGGCAUAGACAGGGUAAAAAUUAAGGAUUCUCUUAUCAUGAGAAACCCCAUUGAAGUAAUUGCUAGUCCAAACAGAAGUAACAUUUUUACAGUAAAGUCCUACGAGAAAGUGAUGAGGUGA